AUGGCCACCCUCCGCGUUCUGUCGUUUGAUACUGAGGGCUGCCCGAUUCAGUUUGAGACCUGGCUCGAUGACCUGCAGCUGUUCCUAAUGAGCGAUAGCAAGGAUAAUGUCUCUCUCUUUGACCACAGGUCUGGUGCCUCCGUCGCUCCUGCUGCCACAGCUGGGCUUAAUGCUCGUUCCCAGUGGCAGACUUGUGACGCUGCAGCUCGCCUAGCCGUUCGCAACCACUUGUCGUUAGCCGAACUCACGCAUUUUGGCGAGCACAAAACCGCUAAGGCCCUGUACGAUGCUGUAGUUACUCGAUACUCCUCCCCUGCCACUCCUGCACUUAGCCGCCUCAUGCUGCCCUACCUGUUUCCUGAGCUGUCCACCUUUGCGAAAGUUGCCGAUCUUAUCAUCCACCUUCGCACUAGUGACACUCGCCUUCGCGCCGCCCUCCCCAAAGAGUUCUUAGCUAAGAACACGCAUCCGAUGUACUGGACCCUCCACUUCAUAGUGACCCGUCUCCCUGACUCUCUUCGCUCGGUCAGGGACCACUUUCUCGCUCGCUCUCCCACCGAUCUCACUGUCGACCUCCUAGAGGAGCACCUUCUAGCCGCUGAGACUAGCAUAGUCACUGUAGGUGCUGCUCGUGGUGCUCCUCGCACCCCCAUCUUUGAGGGGUGCUCUCCCUCUCCCCUCGCCCCCUCCUACGCUACUGCCGCUGCGGUUGACUGUCUUGGUGCUGAGUCUGUUGCUGCUGCUUCUGCUCCUAGUGGGAGGCGCCGCAGCGGCAAGGGCAAGGGAGCCAAGGGUAGCGGAGGUGGCACCGGAGGGGGUGGUGGUGGAGGAGGUGGAGGAGGAGGAGGUGGCGGAGGGAGUGGUGGUGGGAGUGCUGGCGGGAGUGGUGGCGUCAGUGGCGGCGGUGGGAGUGGCGGUGGAGGCGGUGGUGGCGGAGGGGGUGGCGGCGGCAGUGGCGGCGGCGGUGGUGGCGGUGGCGGCCGGGGCGGCGGUGGCGGUCGAAGCGGAGGCGCUGGCGCUGGCCAGAAGCAGCAGCAGCGUCCCCGUGAGGCGCUUACGCCGCAGCAGCUUCAUGAGUGGCUUGCUCAGCGUGGGACGUCUGGGGGUAGUGGUCGCUGCCUGUAUGUCAUUUGCACAGGUGACCGCGCUAGUAAGACAUGCGGGAAGUUCCACACUCAGCACCGCUGCUUCUCCCGCCUUGACGACGCCUGGCGUGAGGAGAUGGGCGAGGAGGUAUAG